AAAGUUAUUCUCCCUCUACUUCAAAUUUUCAGGAGAACCCUGGCAAUUGGCUUCAUUUCCAGGAGCAACUUGUCGGCCUUUGACCUCGUUUGCAGCAAAGCAAAGUGCACAAAAUUGUAGGGACGAUAUUGCUACCGUUGGAAACGAGCAAAGUCGCAACACCGUAAUUUUAAGGCUAAAGCUUCGUCACCAAAGCUAACUCGACUGACAAUCGCGCAGUAUUCAGAGAGAAUGCAGGGGUUGGGGGGCGGGGGGAAGGGAGCGGGUAUUUUCGCGAGGGACGUUGUAAUUUUGAUUCUCAUACCUCACAUCAGAUUUUCGGGCCAGAAUUCCAGCUGACAGUUCACCGCGUUUGCUUCUGUACAGUAAUGGGCACGGAGCUUUGUUUAACUCGCAAAACUGUUCGAAUUCAUCCGCCAACGAAGAAGGAAGAAUGGCUAGAUUUGCUUGAAGAUAACCCAUACAGUAUCCAGAAGUUGACGAACCCUCGAGCUCUGGGUUCGUUCGAAACUCAUAUCUUGCUUCUGACGGUGUCCAUUUUCUGAGAGGAGCAACCCGUUUAGAGGACAUCUUCUCGCCGAACCUUCUAACGUAACAUGACCUCAGGAGGUUCCACAGUUGUUCAGCUACCCUUGAUAUCAUGUUUCGUAGACUUGUGCUAAACAUGUGAUCAAUAUUACAGCACGUGACCUCUCGUGGAGCCGUCACGCUAAGUCGCAACUCAGUGACAAAACUUAUGUCACUUCACGUCCUAAAUGGGAUUGCCAGUCCCGUUUUCUGCAAUACAGCGCCUUCCUUUAGCGAAAAGAAAUAAGAUUACAAGCACCGCCAUGGCAGCACUACACUUGACUGCAUCACGGUCAUGUCGAGGCCGCAUUCAAGCCAACUUGGUCGUGGUUCCAGCAGCAAACAGUGAACAGUUCGAGAGGUUUUGUGAGUUGAACAAGGGAACAUGUCCUUUACUUUACCACAGUAAGCCUGGGGAAGUAACAGCGGCCAGUCUUGCCAUUGAUACAGACAUUAGAACCCUUCUGCCUUCCUACUUCGUUCUUAAGAACGGCCAGCAAGAUAGCCGUGCAGCUGACCUCAAGCAGUUUCCCUGGAGUGACAUGGUAUCAUUUUAUAUCCGAUCUAUAAGUUCUCACAUCGAGCAAGAGCUCCUGGCUUCUGGAAUUCCCGUCCAAAGCACUGAACAAAAACGGGCCGUGUCCCAGUACAAGACAAACAUCCAGUGUACAGGCGUUCCACCGUUCAACUGUCCACUGGUUGUGUGUAUGCAUCCAAUUCCUCAGCAAUUAUUGGAAAGGACAGUCGCCGUUACUUUGCGUUUGGGAGGCCUGUAUGGAGCACCGAUACAUAUCGGAGAUCCAUCUGUUAUUGGGAUAAGGGACAUCAACAGACCAGAUUAUGGAGACCCGUCUGAUAUGGAUGGAUGUGUUCCCAUGUUUUGGCCCUCUAGCUUAACAAGUCAUUUGGCCAUCAAAUCUGCGGGUGAGUUUAUUUUAGCGUUUUGUUCAGUUCAGGAGACGAGAACAAGAACACCCAAAGCAGUAGCCUGGGAAUAGAGCCAUCUCUAUCGCUUCCGGCCACUUUGUUCAACGUGGUAACCACAUCCGCGAACUGUCAAGGCGGCCGAAAGCUACGAGAGAUGACUUUAUCUGCAGGCUAUCGAGAGUUCCAUUCCCCUUGAGGAACGUGUAGUCGAGAUGUAAUUGGGAAACAUGCACUGAUUGGAGGAAAAGUCUUCCAUCUUAAAGGGAACAAACUCCUCCGAAAAAUGCGGAAAACUUUCGUUUGUGAGCUUGUUGGGAAACGGAAGUUCAGGUUCAUUUGCCCGCAACUAGUACGCUAUUUUUAGAAUGCUUAUUUGUUGGUUAGUUUGUGACCGUUAUUGCCUCUAGCCUUAUGGAUCUAACAGAGUGGCUCGUUGUGUGCCCUCGAUGUCAUAACAUACCUUUGUCCAGUUUUCUUAUGCAACAGUUAAGCUCAAAUUCGUUGUUUGUAAUCCGUGCUAAUCUUUUCCAUCCUUCACCAUCCUUGUUCGUUCAUGGUUUAUUAUUAUUUCUUUGGUGUUUUGUUAUCUUAGUAAGCUACUAUUUUCAGGCUUUUUUUAAUUUAAAGGUGAUUUUUACGCGGGCAAAAUAACUCAAAAUACCGUGACUGAGCUCCUUUGGAUGUAGGCUUGUAUAGAUUGUGCUUGGCAGUUCUUUGGGAACUUCUGGCGCUGUAGCAACGUUUUGUGGAACAAACAUACUCAAGCAAUCUUUUUACGACCAAAGCAUACAACUGUAAUUUUAAAAAAUUUUGAUUUUUUUUAAAAUUUACUUCCACACUAACAGACCAGAAAAAAAAAAAAAAAACUACUUACGAUACAAUGCUUACAUUCCCUACAUCAGUAAUAGUUACACGAACAAUCCUACACAUAAUUACGUUACAUUCCUUACUUUACAGUACUUGCACCGCAGUUACAGUACAACAUUUAUCUACUACUUACUUGGUUACACUUACACCACUUACAUUCCGGUACUUUUCCUCUCCCCCUAUUGUAUAUGAUAUUAUUUAGGCAAGAUCAACCCCUUUUAUAGUUUCUACAAUACCGUCUUCGAUUUCUAGGUUACUUUAAAAAACAACAACAACAAAGAAAAAAGGCUAAUAAUUUCACAUUACUUAUAUUU